CGGCCAGAACUCAACAAAACCACAUCAUCGUCGGUGUGAAAGGGGAUCUUGCAGUGACAUCUACUGGCGAGUUGGCAUUCAAGCAACGAAAUCACAUGGAGGUGCUCUUGUGCUCACAUGACAGCCCGAGCUAUGGCAGGAGAGAUCAAUGAAGGUUCAGUUCCUGCCUAUUACAGAGAAGUGUAUGAGGCCAUCCGCUGCAGGACAGAUGAGAGAGUGCAGGCUGAAGUCUUUAAGCGCCUCCUGGAAAGGACCGGUCUCUCCAAGGCAUCUCUCAGCCAGAUUGCUGAACAUAUUGACUGUACAGAUGGAUUCCUUACUAAGCUCACCCUCUAUAAAGCGCUAGCUUUAAUUGCUCUAGCCCAGCAAGGGAAAAAACCAAGUCCUAAACUCUUCAUACAUGAGUUGCCAAAACCCCAACUCGGAGAGCUGAGGGAACUGGGCGCUCUGAGGAUGCAGCCGGCUCAGGACGACGUGCUCACCAUUUCACAGACAUUUGAACAGCUUCUCACCAAAGACACAAUCCAGAUGCAGCUUAUUCCAGAGAAGAAGGGCCUGUUCCUUAAGCAUGUGGAAUACCAGGUCACCAGCCAGCGUUACAAAAUAUCAGUAUACAGGCGGUACAGUGAUUUUGACGUCUUCCACGAAGUUUUGCUGCAGAAAUUUGCCUACAGAGUGGUUCCGGCACUGCCGCCCAAAAGGAUGCUGAAGGGAGUCCUAACUUCUAUGUCCGAGCGUGAGUUCAUUGAAGGGAGAAGACGAGCUCUAAUGAGAUUUCUUAACUUGGUGGCUCGCCACCCCCUCUUCUCCGAGGAUGAGCUGGUCAAGACCUUUCUCACCUACAGCGGCUCUGAUGUCCAGACCAAGCUGCGCGACACUUGCAAGAAAACGGGUGACGAGUUUAUGACCAACAGGAUUGCAACCCAAGCUAAGGAAUAUCUCCCAGCAGACAUUCAGGCUCAGUUCUCAACAAGCAGAGAGCUGAUUAAAAAUAUCCACAACAGCUUCCAGAGACUGCGGGACAGAGCUGAAAAAAUGGCUGAGCGCUCAAUGGAGAAUUCAACUGAUCUGGUCCAGUUUGGUCGAGAGCUUAGUGCUUUGGGCUCAGAUGCGUCGGCUCUUCCUUCCUUGGCCUCCUCCCAAACCGGUUGGGGAACUCUGCGCCAGUCUUUGAAAAGCCUGUCGGAGGAGUUUGUAGUUUUAUCCAACAAAGCCGCUCAACAGGGCAGACGGGAACAGGACGAUGUUGUGGAAAAACUGAACUUUUUCCUAGAUUUGCUGCAGUCAUACAGAGAUCUCUGCGAGCGUCAUGAAAAGGGCGUGCUUCAUGAGCACCAAAAAGCGCUGCACAAGUACAGCAUGAUGAAAAGGCAGAUGAUGAGUGCCACUGUUCAGUCCAAAGAGCAGGCUUCUGUAGAGCAGCUGGAAUCACGAAUCGUUCAGCAAGAAAGUGCCAUCCAGACCAUGGAGCUCCGCAACUAUUUCUCCCUGUUCUGCCUUCAUCAAGAGACACAGCUUAUCUUCACCUACCUUCCAAUCACUGCCAACAUUCUUGGGGCUUUCGUUAACUCGCAGGUCCAAGGACACAGAGAGAUGGGUGAUGUGUGGAAUGAACUCCAACCUAAGCUCGGGUGUUUCUUUGGCAGUAAUAAUGGACUGAAACCUCCAAUCUGAAAACGCAUGCAAAGCAGAAGAUAAACACUCCUACAGAGGAAGAUCACCUACAGAGGAAGAUCACCAACUGGAAAAUGAAGAGCUCUGUGAGCUAAUGCCUGAAAAUGUUUUAAUCACAACUGUUCCUAUUUCCAUUCAGUAAGAUGGUUUCUACUCUCUACUGCGAUUAACUACGUGUAAAUUUGUGUUCUGUGAUGUUUUCAUUUCAGAAUCAACUUUUACAGAUGUAAGCACAGUAACAAGGUAUUAUAAGAGGGAUCUAAAAUGGUUAAUGUUCACUCAUUCUGAUGCAAAAUGAUCUGUUUACAGCUUUUCAGAAGUUGGACACUAAGAUGCUGACACUGAGAUUUCAGUCUUUCUGGAUGUAUCAAUGCUACAUACCUGCGUUGUUUAUAUUGACAAUGCUGUUUUUUUUCUUUUUGUUUUAUGUUUGGACAUAAAAAAGUGACUAGAAACAAGAACAUAUUUUAAACAACUUCUGGUAAAUAAAGGACACUCCAAAUAAACCUAAAGAUACUUUGCAAAUCCUUAACCACAAAUUGAUCAUUAUAUAUCUGGACACAGCAAAGGUUGCAGGCACUGUAAAAGCAUUGAUUAUCACGAUUAAUGAAUCUGGGUAUAACAAUGAGAUUCAUACACUAGAAAUGCCUGUUAAUGACACCAAUAAUAGGAUGCAUAAAUAUAAAACCCUAGUAGAGUUAGGUUUAAAGUUAUCUUACUUUUUCAAACAUGUUUCUGUUUACUGGAUGUAAUGUUAACAUUCUGGAGUGACGCUGACUUAAAUAUGUGGAUGGACCUCAAAAUGACCUUGCCAUUCAAAAUCAAACAUGUGGUUGAAUUCAAGUUAUUUUAAAACUAUAUUUGCCAGGACUGUGAAUACAUUGUAUGCAUAAACACAUUUGUUUUGUUAAGGACCAAGUUUAACAACCAACAAUAUUAAACCCAGUGGACCUAUAACGCUCUAUUUUGUAUUAAAAACUAAAUAUAUUGUACUGAAUACAUUUUGCAGAGUUUUGUUAGUUCAGAAAUAAACUUGCUUUCAACUUG